AUGCACAGGCAUGUUCCAGAAUGCCUCGUGAGCCUGAAGACGUCCUACUCGAAGUUCCGAUUGAACCGAGUCGAACACGGCGAAUCUACUAAAUCGUCGACAGUCUUCGAACCGCCUGCGAAUAUAUCUCCACUACGACGAGUCCGUCCUAAAUCUGCCCAGCGAAAAGCAAUUAGUUCACUUUUACCUGAAGCCGCCGGCUAUUGGGAAGACGUUCUUCGUGUGGCACGUACUGAAGCUCCGAUACGACUUCGACGAAAGUGCACGUCAUCGUUUUAUUAUUAUCGUAAUGAAAAGAAAAGCGUCGCAUGUGAUCGGGGCUGUCGAGCGGAGACGAAUUGCGGUGAAACCAUCAUACCUAAUGAACAUUUGCUGUUCCCAUAUGGCGAUAUUUCGGAUCUGCCAUGCAAAUUUCUGUCCACUGCUGAUCAUAUGGCGGAGAAUCGAACAUUCGAGAGCAUUUCUGCAUAA